GUGAGGAGAGGGGACGACAAGCGUGCGUUGGGCGGCUGGGAUGUAAACACGGCUGUUCAUCAACACCAUGGCGGCGGUGGCGGAGGGCGAAGAUUUCCUCUCACUUGUAUCCGUGGAGGAAAAAGAUUCCAUUCCCGAGAGUCUGAGGAGAAAAUUGCAAGAUGUGUGGGAGCUGAAAACUAAGGAAAUUACAAAUCUGAAGAUUGAUGUGGAGAAGCUGAAAUUGAAUUCAGAGCAAGAAAAGUUUCAGCUUGAAAAACAGCUAGUUAACACCCAAAGCCAGCUGGAAGAAGCAGCAAGCCUAAAAGAUGAAUUCAAAACUCAAAAAGAAAGUCUUGAGAAGAAACUUGAAAAAAAUGAAGAUGACCUACAACAGUCUAGAUUGAAAGUUACUUCACUCUCUAGGGAACUUGAACAGUCUCAGAAUGAAAAAGUGAGUGCUUCCUCACAAUCAGUAGCCCUGGCUGGUAGUCUUGACUCAAGAAAUAAACAAAUACAAGAACUACAAGAACAGGUACAUCGGCUAAAUGAACAGCUGAGUGAGUUAGCACGACUGAAAAAUGAAGCUAUUAUCCAUGCAGAAGAAGCCAAUAGUCGAGAGAUGCAACUCAAGUAUAGGGAAAAGAGACUUGAACAAGAGCAUGGUCUGUUGUCGAGGCAGAUUAAUGUAUUGCAGCACCAGUUGGAGCAGAGAACAGAAGAAACCAUCAAACAGAGACAAGAACAUUCCUCAAUCAUUCUUGGACUCCAGACUGAUCUUAACCAUAAACUUGAGGAGCUCAGAGUAGAGAAGGAGGAGAGAGCACAACUUCAAAAUCAAGUAGAGGAAAAGUCACAGAAGAUUCAAGAACUUCUUGAUACACUGAAUGCUUCCAGGGAAUCUGAAGUUGAACUGGAAGAGACAUUCCGCCAAGAGUUAGCUGCACAGAAGAAAUUGACUGAAGUUUAUCAAGCUUCAGCACAGAAUGAGAAGGAGCGUGCUGCUGCUCUUGAGAAAGGUGUUGAAGACCUUCAUAAGUUGUUACAGGAAGCCAGUGAACAGUAUGGAGCACUAGAGCGGGCCAAAGCUAAGGCUGAAGAGGAAAAUGCAGAAUCUCUACAACAGUCAAAUGCAUUGGUGAAGGAGCUAAAGGAAGAAUUGGAUAAGGUUAACAUGCUCCUAGAAGCCAGUGCCAAGAAAGAUCAAAGUGGAUAUGAUGAACUUUCCCCAGCAGCCAGUGCAGCAAGUCAGCUGGUGAGUAAGGGCCUGAGCCUCACCCAGCUAUAUGGCGAAUACCUGUCCACCACAGAGAAGCUCAUGUCUGUAGAGGAAGAAAACAAGCGACUUAAGCGUUAUGUUGAUCAGAUUUUGAAGGAAAUUGAAGAGCGAGUUCCAGUUUUGAAAAAGCAAAGAGAGGACCAUCAGAAGUCAUUAGAAACAAUAACAUCACUCCAAACCCAACUUGAGGAAGCACUUGUUGAUAUAGAAAAGCAGAGAUUGGAGGCAGAUGAAGCCCGGAGGCGAUCCAGUUACAUGGAUCGAGAGAACAAGCGGCUUGAUAGCCAAGUGAAGGACCUAAGCAAACAAGUGACCAUUUUGGUUUCACAAGUUGAGGCUGCCAGGGCUGGAUUACCUUCCCCAAUAAUUCCAAAAGACAUUUCCAAGAGUCCAUCUGUUGCUGGGGACGUCAUAUCUCAGCGUUUGGUAGCAUUCAGGGAUGUAGCGGAAUUGCAAGAACAAAAUAUGAACUUGCGUGUCUCUCUGCGGGAGCUUUCGGAACAGCUAGAAACUUCAGAGCAAUCUGCUGUUGACGAAAAAACCAGGGAGCUCAAGGAGGAGCUCAGUGCAGCCAAGGCUCAGCUAUCAGAGCUCACAACAGCAAGGGAACGUCAAGAGGCCUUGAUGACCAACUUGGUACAUCAGCGUGACAUGUACCGCACACUCCUUACACAACAGAGUCCGAAAUCCGAAGUAAAAACUGAUCAAAGAAGUCAAACACCAUUGGCAAUAGAAGGAUCCCAAGAAAAAUGUAAAAGUCUUGAGCAAGAACUAGAACAGUCCAAGAAAGAGGUGAUUACUUUGAAGAAGGAACAUGAAGAGUACCGUUCAGAGAAAGCUAAGAAUGAUAAAAUUAUGAAGGAUGAAUAUGACAACCUGAGAGUCACAAUGGAGAAAACUAGGAAUGAGAACAUCAAGCUGUUGUCACAAGCUGAGUACAAUGAUGAACGCAUCAAGACUUUGCAGAAUAACGGGGAAGUGCUGAAACGACAGAUUGCUGCCUUGGAGAAAAACAACGGCACACUAAAUGGUAUUAUAGGUCGGCAUGAAGGUACCAUUGACACUCUCCGCAAUGAGUAUCUCACCUUACAGAAGAAACUGUCACGAGCAGAAAUUGCUGUUGACAAUCUUAGAGAAGAAAAAUUAUCUCUCCAGGAAACAGAGGCUAGACUCCUUGCUGAAAGAGAAUCUUUAUCUCAUGGACAUACCUCUCAAGCUAUGCUCUUGGCUAAUUUAGAAGCCAUAAAAAUAAACUUGGAGCGUAAAGAUUCUGAAGGAAUGAUGGAGUAUGAAAACAGAAUUGCAGAAUUGACUGAACAAGUCAGUCUCCUGAAAGCAAAACUGGAAUCCAACUCUGACCUAAAAGUUGCAACAGACAAACCAAAGAUGAAUGACCUUCAGGAAAGAGCUAAAGCUGUGCAGUCUUCACCAGGAGCAAGGGCAAGAGCCCUGUGGGGAUCAGGACCAAUGCGUUCAGCUGGACCCUCACCGCAAGUCCGUGAUUUGGAGGUUCAGCUUGCAGAGGAGAAAGCCAAAGCAACAGCACUGCAGGCUGCUUUAGAUCAGUCCCAAACAUUGAGUAAGCUGAAGAAGGAAGCUGAUGAGACAGAGAAUAAGCUAAACAAGACGGAAACACAGUUAAGAGAGGCAAUAGAAGAAACUGAAACACUGAAGAGCUUACUGAAUGCAAAAUUAGCCAAGACAGAGGAUGAGUUACAGGCUUGCCAGAAGCAACUAAGUGAUGCCAAUGAAGCCCUGGAGAAGGCCAAGGGAGAGAUGAAGCUGCUGCCAGGAAAGAGUCUCAAGAGCAAUCAAGUGUUUACUCAGCACCAUAAACUGAUGCUAAUUGCUGGUGAAGUUCAAGACAAGUAUGAAAGGGAGGUAAUUUUCCAUGCAGCUGACCUUAAAGCCCUGGCAACCUUGAAGGAAAGACAAGCAGAGUACAAUGCCGAGCUCCAAGAAGCUGUCUGUGCCAAGACCAAGGCUGAGGAGGGCUGUCAGAGUAACUUUCAUUUACUCAUGACAGAGACACGCCUUGGCUUUGAGGAACGUGAAACAACACUGCGUAAGGAAAACAAGGACCUCAUGGUGCGCAGCCAUGAAUUGGAGGAGCAAAACAAAUCACUCUUGGAUCAGUUCACACUACUUUCUGACAAAAUGGCUGCAGUGCAAAAAAAAUUCACCUCAUCUGAGGGAGAAAGUCAAAGUGUGCCAUUCACUGAGGAUGAAGCUCGAUCUUCUGACCAACUUCGUGAAAUCAUCAAGUACUUGCGUCGUGAGCGAGAUGUGACCUGUGGAAAGUUUGAGGUGGCACAGGCAGAAAGUCAGAGGGUAGAGGCACAGAGGGCUUGUCUCAGAACUCAGGUUGACCAGUUAACCAAGGAGCUUGCUGAAGAAAGGGAGAAAAAUCAGGUCUCUGUAGACAGUGCUAGUCGCUAUGCUGAGCUCCUGAGGAAGGUGCACACCAUGGAUGCAUUGGCUGACAGCAACCGCCUCAUGCGUGAAGAAAAAGAAGAUUUGCAGAACUCACUAGCUGAAUUUAAGGCCAAAUAUGAGUCAAUUCAGAAGCAGAUUGAACCACUACAGGAGAAACUGAGGCUGAAUGAUAAUAGGAUUGAUUCACUAACACUUGAAAAGAAAACUCUUGAAAAUGAAAAGGAGAUGUUCAAAAAGAGAACUGCAGAACUUGUGGAGAAACUAAAUCGAGCUAAGCCUGAGGACUUUGUAAAGCUUCAACAAGAGGUGACUGAACAGCAAAAAGCACUUCAAAGCAAAGAGGUGGAAAUUAAACAGAUUGAAGACUCAGCUUGCACAGUUAUCCAAGAAUCAACAGAUGAUUGUCAAUCAGAAGAAUCAGUUCCAGCAACAGCUACAAGUGCCCGAGAGGAGUUACGUAAAGCACAUGAAGAGACAAGGAAAAAUGUGUUGGAGAAAACUCGCCUGCAACAACAACAUGGGGAGGAGAGCAAGAAAGUUGCAGCAGAAAGAGCUCGUCUUCAGCAGCAGCUGGUGCAGUCCCAGGAGCGUGUGCGAGGCCUGGAAGCAUCAUCACAGCAAGCUCAAGCCACCCACCAGCAAGAAAUGGCAAAUAUGAUGGAGCUGAAACAACGAGAAGAGACACAGAGACAUCAGCUGGAAACCACAAAACGUGAAAUGGAAACACUUGGUGAGAAGCUUAAGGAUGCUGAGACAAAGUUAGCAGAUGCAAUCAAGAAGGCUGAUAACUUUGAAAAACAAUCUUUGCAGCUUCGAAAAAUUGCAACAAAGUACAAGAAAGCAGCAGAAGGUGGAGCUUCAACUGCAGGAGCAGGUGCAGGUGAAAGUGCAGAGGGUGAAACUGUUAUUGGCCCAGAAAAGGUGAAAGAAUUUGAAGAUACUAUAACUUCACUUCGUCAAAAACAGGAGGCAACACAAGAAGAGUGCUCUUCUCUGCAGAAAGAAGUUAGCAACUUAAAACAAAUGCUGUCCAACAAAGAAGCUGAAUUUGAGCAGGCAAAGGUUCAGACACAGCAAAAAGAGGGAGAAUUUACCAAGCUUCGAAGUGAUUUAGAGGGCAAGACUAGAGAGCUGCAAGUAGCUCAAAACUUUGCCACCCAACUUAAACAAAAUGUCUCCAAGCAAAUUGCAGACUUCACAAAGAGAUUGGAGGAAACCCAGAACCAGAAGCAAAUGUACGAGACACGCAUUGCUCAGUUAGAAAAGGAACGUGAACAAUUAACACAUGAAAUUGAAACUCUCAACAAGAAACUCCAGAUGCAGCAGCGACAGUUGGAGAACCUUCAGAAGCAAGCCACAGGGGUAUCUAAGCCAUCUACAAGUGGUGUGUCAUCAGAGAAGACUGGAUUUGACCCUCCACCCACUGCUAAUAUCAAGCCCAUGAGCACUCCAGGGGCUGCAUCUGCUUCUCCUCGCUCACAGGCUGCUACACAAGUUGUUCCACCAUCACGUGCCAUUCCCACUGCAAGCAUCCGCCCAAUGGCUCCACCUACAGGCGGGUCUGCACCUGCCCAAGGAUCAACCGUUAUGGUGGUGUCUCCCUUAGAAACUCACAGUGACGGCAUGGUGUCUUCCACUGUGACCUUGCCUCAAGCCACUGUGACACCCACACCAGCCAUUUCUGCCCCAACAUUACUCACUACAGCCACCACAACACCUUCUGCUACCACGACCAUGACCACAACCCUCACUGCAACUGUCUCCCCAACACCAGUUUCAGUUUCCCUUACUACUCCAACAGCUCCUGCAGCUGCAAUCUCUUCUAUUACAUCAUCACAACCAUCAUCACAGUCUUCAACUGCUACUAAAUCAACACUAGCCAGUCAGUCAUCUCCAGCCUCACAAUCAACCACAGGUGUUGCUGAAUCCACUCCUGCCACUCAGUCAACAGCAGCAGUCCAGUCAGCACCCUCCACAAAAGCUGCAGCUUUGCAAACUGCUGCAGCUACUUCUUCAACUGCAGGGUCACAGUCUACCUUGGCCAGUCAGUCUACUUUAGGACCUCAAACUGCCAUAGCCAGUACUUCUAUUGUUGCACCUAUUGUGUCUGUAGCUGCUGGAGGUGCAGGAGCUUCAUCCAAAACUGCAGCUACUUCAGCCCAACACUUGAGGCAAGACUCUCAAGAAGUAUCUGCUGACACGUUGAUUUCACAAGCUAUUGCUCUUGUGAGCCCACUUAGCUCUCAAGAAAUGGCUGGGCCGUCAGACACCAGCUCACUGAAAAGAAAGCUUGAUUCGCCUGAGACAGUUAGUAAUACUAAAGAUGCAAAACGCACAUGUGUUGAAGGAGAUGCACAGCUUUCGGCAGAAGAAGCGGGGCCAUCAUCUUCACAUGCUGAACAGGAAAAUGAUGAUGCAAGUCAGACCCAAGAAAAUGAUGAUGUAAUUCAGUUAGAAUCAGAUGAUGAAGGAGAAUAUGAUCCAGGUGAGGAAGAUGAGGAAGAAGAGGAGGAGGAGGAGGAUGAUCACAUGGGUGAAGAAGAGCAAGAAACUGGUCUUCAUCAGAUUGACUCUGAUGAUGAAGAUGAAGCCAUGGAGCAUGAUGAAACUACUCGAGAAUGCAGUCAGGGACUUAAUGCAGAGGAAGGACAGAAUACCAGAGAAGCUGAAGGAAACCUGGGAGAUGCUGAAGCAGAAGCUGAAGCAACUUCACGUUUGUCAGAAGAUGCUGAGGAUUCAAGAGGUGAAUCCCAUGAAACCCCAAGUGAAAGUCAGCAUCCUCAACCCUCAGCAGGACCAAGCCAGCCCUCUUCUUCAAGUCGUGGAAUGGAUGGGCCAUCACAGACCAGCUCGAGAUCAUCCCUUGUACUUCCCCGACCUAUCAUUCGUCAAGAGCGUCGCCAAACAUUACUUCCUUUCAGCCAGUUGCCUCAGUAUGAAGAAGGAGGAGAUGAUAGUAUUGUUCCAUCAACACCAACUCUAUUUGUUCCCAGACGUGGAGAUGGAUUUUCUGAAGCUGUCAGUUCCCCACAAGUUCCAUCUGGUGGAUUUGUAUUUGGUUCUAACCCUGAAAUAUCAAAUCCACCCCAAACAAGUGGUUUAGCACAGAUGGCAGAGGGUGGACUUAUUGAUGAUACCAGGAUUGACUUGGGCCAACUGGAUGAGAGCAACAGAUCCCAGCCCAGCACUCCCUUGCGGCGCUCUCCUACAGUUGAUCUAGGAGCAGAAGGUGGGGUGAGCACAAGUGAAGGAGACACUCUCCAUCGUGAACCUCCAACGAUCAUGGUCACCAGAGCAGAGCAGUCCAAUGAAGAAAGCACACAGGACUCUGAGGAAAAUUUCACAGAAGCAGACUCAAUGGCAGCAGAAGUAGGGGAAGAUGACAUUGAGGAGGAAGAAGAGGAAGCACGUAGAGAAGCAGAUGAUGAAGUGAUUGACUUGGAAGAUGAAGGAGAAGCUGAAGUAGACAGGCAAGCCAGUGAAGCAGAGGAGAGGAGAGGAGACAACAGCAACAGCAGCAGCAGCAGUAAUCAGGCUCCUCAAGAUAUGUCUAAUGUGCCCUCAUCUACUCCUAGUUCCAUGCCUUCUUCUUCUCAGCCUCGGAGAAUUACGCCCAUCACAUGGGAGGACUCACCACAGCGAUUUCAUAGAGGGCGAGGCUAUCUGAUGAGCCGUGGAGAUCGUGGUCGUGGAUUCUUGAGAAAUCCUACCAUGGGUGGACGUGGGUUCAAUCCUUUGAUGCAUAAUCCAAUGACAAUGAGAGGAAGCAGCCCCCAGCGAGCCAGGAGAUCUCGUCCUGGGCCUUUCCUUCGAGGUCCACCUAUGUAAGCUAUGAUUUUAGUUCUUAAUAAAGCAUAGGAUUUAAGUUUAUUAUUAACAGGAAUGGAAGAAUCUUCCAUAACAUGUCUGUCUUUAUGUUAUCUUGUGUUGCUGAGUUAUCUUUCAGCGACACUUUGACUGCUUAUUUUUAUUUAGGUAAUGCUGUAGAAUUCUUUAAUUUUUGUAUAAUGUUCAACAAAUAUAAGAUUGGAAAUUCAUGUUAUGUUUAGUGAAAAUAAAUAUUUCAGUUUAAUGGGAUCAUAUCCAGCAAAUUCAUUGCCACAUGUUUCAGUUAUAAUGAAAAAAAAGACAAAAAAAAAACAAAAAACAAAACGCAUUCACAGAACCACUUUUUUUUAAUUUUCUCUGAAAUAGAUUGCAAACAGUAGGUUAAGUCUUUCACAAGUGUACUCUCUUUUAAGUUAUGUUUUUUGUGUGGUUUAUAACUAAUUACUAAAUUUUUCAUAUAGUUUUAGAAAAGCUGAAUAACUGUAAUGGCUAAUGUGAAGACUUGACCCUACAAUUAAAAUUUUGAUUAUUGCAGAAAUUGAACAUAAGUGUAAGUUCAUUGGCAAGAAGCAGUUGACAUCUUUUUUUUUUCACAUUAUGUGGUAUCACAUAAGAAUGUUACUAUAAUGCUAUAUCAUUGAUGGUCUUGCAUUUGUUUAAUGAAUUUCAGUACCUAAUGGCAUAGCUAAUGUCAUUGUAACAUUAUCUUCAUUGACUCGUACAUGCAGUUGAUUUUUGUAUUUCAUUGAUUUUCUUCACUGUAAUAAAACCUUGGGUCAGGCUGUUUUGUAUGUGCAUUUUAUCAUGUAAUAACCAUUUGAAAUUAAAAUUUUCAUGCCCAA